UAAAAUCCUAAAGCAAAUCAAAAGUAUUAUUGGGAAGCAAGACCUAUAACUAAUAGGAAGAGAUGACGACGUGGCCGGCUAAAUCUUCUCUGCCACAGACGGUAAGUCCGGUCUACUUUGUGCAGAGCCCACCGAACACAGACGUAGACAAGAUAUCAACCGGGUCGGGUCUUAGCCCGUUCGGAUCACCCGUUAACCGACAGGGCCAGGUCAGUCACUACAACCAUGAGUCUGUGGCCGAGUCACCUUCUACUCUACGGUCCUCAGGACCCUUGAGAAACGGAUACAGUAGUCUCCAAGUGCCUGAUCAUGACCAUCCAAUCGACGAGGAUGAUGACGAUUACGAUGAAGUAAACGGUUCGGAUGAGAAAAGAGGAAGGAGAACGAGGUUUUACACUUGCUUGUUGUUUACGUUUGUGCUGGCCUUCACUAUCUUCUGUCUCAUUUUGUGGGGAGUUUCCAAAUCUUUCUCACCUAUUGUCACUUUGAAGGGGAUGGUAAUCGAGAGCUUGAACGUGCAAUCCGGGAACGACGCAUCGGGAGUGCUCACAGAUAUGCUCACUCUAAAUUCAACGGUCACGAUGUUAUACAAAAACCCUGCGACUUUCUUCACAGUCCAUGUCCCCUCCUCUCCCCUCCAGCUCAGCUAUUACCAACUCAUCCUCGCCUCCGGUUUUUUUGGUUGUAAGGAAAAAUAGAUGGAAAAGUUCUCUCAACGAAGGACGACCGAGAGAAUCAUUGAGACCAAAGUAAUAGGCAUUCAAAUUCCUUUGUACGGAGGCGUACCAGCUCUAUACGCGCAACGAGCUAAACCAGACCGAGUUGUUUUGCCUUUGAAUUUAACUUUUACGUUGCGAUCACGGGGCUAUGUGCCCGGCCGAUUAGUCAAGACGAAGUUCUACACGAGCAUGAGAUUCCAUGGCGAUAAACUUGGCAAGAAAAUUGAUUUCUUGAAGUCUUGCUCUGAUCAUUGAUAGAAAUUCAGCAGCGAAAUCAGUUCUUUAUGUUUAUUAAGUAUGA